CCCUCACUCACGCACGCACCGACAGCCUCACCGAGUUGAGGCCAGAGGUUCUCUCCAACUCGACGCCUGCCGCCCGGCCCAGCGCAGUGUCGCCCGUCGCUCUUUCACCGAACCGCUAACCCACCGUGACUGACAAAGGGAAUCAGCUAGCCGUCCCACGGGCCUGUCUGCCCGCUUGCUCCUUCUCAGACAACACAUUCCGCCCGGCAGCCUUGCUCCUCCAUCCCCUCACCACACCCCCGCCACACGCAGGGAAACGCCCGGCAAACGCACUCAGCGGCUUCAACACCGCCGGCUCCUCGUGCAGCGUCUCGCGGCUCUGUCGCAGGUCCCCGCCAGCAUGUCUGUCGCCCCAGAUGGCCGCGUCCUGUCGCCUGGCGAGGUCUACACCGAGAGCGUGCAGCCCGACCGGCCGCAGGAAUGGCAGGAGGACCUCAACGUUACCCUCAUGUGCCCGGACUGUCGCGAGAACCCGCCGAACCUCGUCGAGGAGUUCUCCUCAGGCGACACCGUGUGCGGCUCCUGCGGCCGCGUGCUGGCCGACCGCAUCAUCGACACUCGUUCUGAGUGGCGCACCUUCUCCAACGACGACCAAGGGAACGACGAUCCCUCUCGUGUCGGAGAGGCUGCGAACCCUCUCCUCAACGGCUCCCAGCUGCAGACCGAGAUCUCCUACGGCGACGGCAACGUCCGCAGCCGUGACCUGCAUCGCGCGCAGAAUCGGUCGAGCCACGACAAAGGCACCAAGACGCUUAUGGCUGCCUACAAGGCCAUCGGGACCUUCGCCGAGACGUCAAACAUGCCGCACAUCGUAGCUGAUACCGCCAAACACUUGUUCAAGAUGGUGGAUGAUGCCAAGGUCUUCAAGGGCAAGUCGCAAGACGCCAUCAUCGCCGGCUGCAUCUUCAUCGCAUGCCGGCAGAACAACGUGCCGCGGUCCUUCCGGGAGAUCUUCAAGCUCACCAACGUCGCCAAGAAGGAAAUCGGCCGCACCUUCAAGAAGCUGGAGGAGUUCCUCUCCACCGUGACCCGCCAGAACCCCACCAACGGCGCUUCAAAUGGACAGGGGCUGAACCCUAGCGGUUUCAAGGUCACCAAGAGCACCGAAGCCCACGAGCUCAUCGGCCGUGCAUGCAGCAAGCUCCACCUGGACAGGUUCAUCGGCAUCAUCGCAGAAGAAGCUGCCGCCCGCGUGGCGAUCCUUGGUGUGGCGGCUGGUCGCUCCCCGCUCUCCAUCACGGGCGCCUGUAUCUACCUUGUUGCCGGUCUUAUGGGCGAGUCACGCUCUCCGAAAGACAUCGGCGCUGCCGUCGAUGUCAGCGACGGCACGAUUCGCACAGCGUACAAACUCAUCUACCAGGAGCGUGACAAGGUUAUCAUGGAAGAGUGGCUCGAGAGGGGUGGAGAUAUCAACAAGAUCCCCCAGUCAUGAUGCUGGACUCUGUGCCUUUGGCUGUUGUUGAUGGCUAGGAUGAAAAUUGAGAAUGUGGAUGUGGAUGACGAAUCAGACUGCACUACGGAGUUCGGGUUCGACAAGGAGAAUCCGGUUUUGUACUCCAAGUGCCAUUUAGUUGCGAUUGCGAUUUCGGU